ACGCGGCAGGAUUCUAUUUCGCCGAUCGCCAGAAAGGGCCUUGAUUUCCUCAACUACUCGUCCUAUCAGCCUGCGCCGCUGAAGAGCCCCCCACGUGCGGUUCUCUACAUCAACUCGUAGCUCUUCCAGACAACUCUGCUACCAGGCGACGUCACUCAGCAUACCCUUGUGCCGGUGGCUACUUUGCUUUGCUGCCGCCGACGCAUAUUCACGUCGGCAGAGCCUCCUGCUGUCAUCAGCUUUCUCCCUGCAGACAUCCACUGUCAGCUUGCUAGUAUUGGAGGGCACGCAUACGACUGUCUCUUACAACGUUAAUCUUUGGACGCCGCCGUGAUCUCACGGGCGUCCGUCCAUCAUGAAGUUCGGCAAGCAGAUUCAGAAGCGUCAGCUUGAAGUUCCAGAGUACGCCGCUAGUUUUGUCAACUACAAGGCUCUCAAAAAGCUGAUCAAGAAAUUGUCGGCUACGCCCACGCUGAGCGCACAACAUGACCCUCUCCGCUCCGCAAUAUCUAUAGACUCCCAGGCUGCCCUUCAGGCCAACAAGGCCACAUUCUUCUUCCAAUUGGAACGAGAGCUCGAAAAGGUCAACGCCUUUUACCUACAAAAGGAGGCAGAGCUCAAGGUGCGACUGAAGACCCUUCUCGACAAGAAGAAGGUGUUGCAGUCUCGCAAUGGUGUUUCCAGGCGUUCAGCCAAGUUCACAACUCUCGAAGAGGGGUUCCAACAGUUCGCCAGCGAUUUGAACAAGCUGCAGCAGUUUGUUGAGAUCAACGGAACCGCCUUCUCCAAAAUCCUCAAAAAGUGGGACAAGACAUCAAAGUCGAAGACCAAAGAGCUCUAUCUAUCCAGAGCAGUCGAAGUCCAGCCCUUCUUCAAUGCCACCGUCAUUAGCGAACUGUCCGACCAGGCCACUACUAGUCUCCAAGACCUGGGGGCUUGGGCGGAGGGUGACAAUGUCAGCUUCGAGCCUCGCAGUGAUCAUAUCGUUAGCAGCCAGCAUCUGCUCGGAACCGACGAAGGUGAUGCGGACACACUACUACUCGACACGGUCAUCUCUGGGAACCUCGAGGCGUUGAGGGAUCUGCUGAUUCGAAUGCGGACGGCUGCUAGCUCAUCCUCGGGCUCCGACAUCUCUUUAAUGGAAAGAGUGACUAGAACUUUCCUUGCCGCCAUCCACGAAGCGCCGAAAGAGACUCUUCAGGCUCUCCUCGACACGGAUUUGGUCGACAUACAGUCGGAGGAUGACAUUAACGAACGCAAUUGCCUGCACCAAGCCGCCAUCUAUGGGAACUCGUUCGUUCUUGAAUACGGUCUGGCAAAAGGUGUUGCUGUCAGUCGUACCGAUGUGUAUGGCAGGGUUCCGCUGCAUUAUGCCAGUAUGCACGGACGCUUGGACAUGCUUGAUGCCCUCACGAGUGCGGAUACUUCAACGAUAGAUUUGAUCGACCAUGACAACUUUACCCCCCUGGUACACUCAAUCAUCCACGGCCAUCUGCAGUGUGUUGAGCGACUGCUGGCAAAGUCUGCUCGAAUCGACCCUGUCUCUGAUGCAGAUCAUGUACCGUUGAAUCUUGCCUGCGAGCAUGGUUCGUUGGCAAUCGUGGAAAUGCUCCUCCAGCAUGGAGCACAGAUCGUUCCCGACACCGAGGGACUCUACCCCCAACAUCUUGUAGCUCGGUCAGGCCAAAGGCCAGAGCUCCUGCUUUUGCUCAAGAACUUUGGAGCGAACCUCGAUCAGGUCGACAAGUUGUACGGAUGGACGCCCCUGGUUCAUGCCGCGAGCGAAGGCAACGUUCCCUGCCUCCAAGGGUUAUUGGACGUUGGAGCAGACCCCAACAUCGUCGACGAAAAGGACCUACCGGCAAUGUAUUACGCUGUAUGGGAAGGCCACCUCGAAUGCAUGCAAUUGCUUGCUCCGUACAACGCAAGAACGAAGGCAAGCCCCAUGGUCACGCAGCCCGGUUUGGGGCCUAUGAUGAGCAGCGGGCCCGACCCGAUGGCCCUCGACCCGGAUGCCAUCCCUGAGCUUGAGCUGCCGCCGCCAAUAAUACCGUUGCGCCGGUACGGACACAACUUCCUGGAUACCAAGACAGUCAUCCAAAUCAGUUUCGAGGAAAACGGAGACCAGCCUCUAGUGUUCUUCCACGACGGAAAGUACCCUGCCGCCCGACUCACGAUUUCGUCCAAGGUUUCCGAUCUCAUCCCCAAGAAUAUCAUGCUGCCUUUCCAAGAAGAUACCCGUAUUGUUUCCUUCCAAAUCGACAACCUGGAGUCGUUUACACUCGAUUUCGACGUUUUCCCCACUUAUGGCGCGAAAAUCAUUGCCAAGACGGUGGCCCUUCCCAACACCUUCAAGGCGCUGCUCAGUAGCUCAGGGAAGUGCUGCCUGCCCCUGUUCGAUCCGAGGUUACGCGCAAUUGGCCAGAUCAGCUUCCACACUCAGGUCAUCAAGCCAUUCAACGGCAAGCCGCUCGAGAUCACGGAUUUCGAGACGUAUUGGAAGGCGACAAGCCAGUUUGACCGCAGUCCAAGCACAUUUGUGACUGGUUCGAGUUUGUCAGGCGACUUUGUCCAACUCUUCGUCCAGCACACCAGCGAUGGUGUGCCAGUUUUGUGGCCGAGAUGGACGAUACCAUGUGGUGGAAUCGACCUACCAAUCUCAAGAUUGACAAUGGAGCAGUUCAAUACGAUUACGUCAAAGAGUCCCAGCAGAGCCGAGCUGGCAUCAUUACCAACAAGACCUCUGGACGCAAUUGCAGACGUUCAUCGGGUUCUUGCGACGGCAGGUAUCCCUCUCAAUGAGGCGCUGGCUCUACUCCCGCAUGGUCUGGGUCCAUCGCUGGAUCUGAACACAUUCGUCGACUCUCUUCUCACCAUUGUGUUUGACCACGCCCGCGCUCAGCGAGCACAGUCCCUCGAGUCGGUUCGCUCUGUGGUGUUCAGUUCAUAUAACCCGAGCAUGUGUACAGCGCUCAACUGGAAGCAGCCAAACUUCCCCGUGUUCCUGUGCAAUGAUUUGGGACGGGAGGACGUCAUGGCGCCGCCAGACAUCAUUCAGAGCCACGGCAGAAGAUCUGCGUCAAUCAAGGAGGUGGUUCGGGUUGCGCAAGGCAACAACUUCAUGGGCUUGAUUUGCUGCUCGCGGCUUUUGGAGAUGGUCCCCGCCUUGGUGGACGCCAUCAAGUCACACGGGCUUGCGCUGGUCACCGACAAGUCGCUGGAUCCGUCGUCAACAAAUUCCUUGACCGAUCCGUUCCCGCGGCUGCCCAAGGGGGUGGACGGUGUGCUCAAAAGUCACGGUGUAUUGCGCUUCAACGAAUCCAUAGACGUGUAGAAUGUUGUAAUUACGUGUCAGCAAAAGUUAAUAGACUUGCGUGCACUCUUUUUCAAUCUCGAUUUGUAGCCCGACUUCGGAUUUUUUUUCCUUCCCAGCGCUCGCUCCAUAAUGAUACGUCAUCAUUCCAGCAUAAGUCGUAAAGU